CCCUCUGACCGGGCGGCUUUUUGGAUAUCCUGGGUAGUGGUAGUGGUGGAGGCGGCGGCCGUAGUGGUGGAAAACUUUACAUGUAGACUAGGUUGAAGUAAGGACACGAUAAGACACCUAUCAACUCUCGACAAUCCUGAUAAAUGUAUCCAAGUCCAGCAAUUUGCACUAAAAUCUAUAGAAAGCUGGUUUUCUUUCUUUAGUCCUCUCUCGCCCUGUCUGAAAAUGGAGUCAAGGUAUAUCAUGGAGAAGCCGUCGGUUGGGACGAGGAUCGGCGGCGGUGGUGAUUUCAACUGCCGGGUAGGACGCUCGGUGCUCCGCGACAGCCGGGUCCCAACGGUGGAGAAAAACGGUCCCAUGCCGGCGUACACGAACGGGCCUGUUCUCUACAAAUUCGUAGCGGACGGCGGUUCAACGAGUGAGCUUAAAAGCUCCCUGAAAGCGAACGGACUCUCUCCGGGAGGACGAAUAUUACACGAGGUGGAAAAAGUAAGUGUUGUUCGAACAUGUUGCGGACGAUCGCACGAAUUCAUCAGCCGGUAGACGCGUCUGUGCGCUCAAAUUACAGUACGGAUUAUAUUCACAAUAUCACCACAGCUUGUUUAUUACAUUGCUCUGACAACUUUCACUGCUUGGUCGAACCAGCAUUAACGAUAAAUGUCAAAAUUGAACGAUAGGUUGUGUAGAUUGAACGGUUGUGUAGAGCGAAUGUGAAUCUUACAGAGAAACGCAACUACUGUAACAGUUAUUUGGUGUGUGUCUGUGAGUCGAAAAGCGUUACCGCCUUCUAACUCUUCACCCACUUUCUUUAAUUGGGUAUUUUACCAUGCUGUCAAAAGCUUGUUCCUUAGUAAUAACGUCGUAUCAAAACCGCUUUUAAAUGGCGGCUCGUUUUUGUGGGCAAAGUUUACCAAAAAGGGGGGCAGGGACAGCAAACUACUAGUCAGACCCCCUCCCCCAUUACUUUAGGGUGGAGCUAUAGAGAGAGGGUUUCCUGGACUGUAGCUACAGCACGACCCGGCUUCUCUCCUAGUCUACUCAAACCUACUAUUCCUUUCACAUGUGGUGGAUUUUUGUUGUUUUCUUUGAUUUCAUGGUGUAUAACUUUGAAUUUCACACUUAUUAUUGUCUUGAAAUCUCACCCACUUUGGUCGAUGCCUGUCUCUUAGUAGGGUCAAGAUGUCUUACAGUUAAUAAUUGACCCUGCAACAUCAAAUAUGCAUAGAUGACCAAUUCCUACCCCAGCUGUUGAAGUGGGGCAGAUCACACUAGAGUCAGAUAAGUGAAGUUGGUCUAUUUAUUGCAAAUGACUAUGUAAAGGGGGCACUAAGAUGGGCCUAGUAUUAUAGCCGGAGACUUCUUAUUAGCAACAUUUGAUGAGUGAUAAUUCUAGAUCAUCAGUACUUGAUUAAUUACUAAUUUUCUGUGUUUGAAACUUGCUAUUUGGUUUUCAUGUCAGCAUUACACUCCAUUUAGAUAUUAUAUGAGCACCUGUAACUGUUUCUAAGAUGUUGAAAGUAUCACUUUUGCAGGCGUGGCUAAAUAGUUUUCAAUACUGCUUUAAUUCUUGAACCCUAAAAAAUACAAAAAUCAACUGAUAUUUUAACAUGGGACUCAAAUAGCCAACCAGCUCAUGCUUAUGACAUAACAUGAGACAAAUGAUAUUCAAUCUUGGUUGGUUAAUUUGAACCAGAAGGGAUGCAGCAGAAUCUAUUUAGCAUAAAACAUCCAGAUUCAGUCAUGCUAUCUGUUUUAAAUUAUACAUUUCCUCAUUCUCUAGAUCGGCCUGGGGGACCAAAGAGACACCGGGUCCACUGGUCCGCUGAAAAGGGCCAGUCCUACUCACUGUCCAGGCACAAACGGGCAGCUGCCAGGCAGUUUCAUGCAUUUGGACGUCAAGAACCCAGGGAAACAAGCAGAGCUGGCCAACAAUGUCAGGGCUGCGCAAGGGCGGAGUGUACCAUUGACAGAGAGACAGCCGCUCUCCUCCAACCACAUCCCUGUGCCCAGAAACAGGUAAGAAGAGGCGGACAGGCACAGAAGCUCGCUCAUCUUUAUUUUGUUUUAAAUUUUUAUAACCUACAGCUUUCAGAACACAGAUAUUAAAUCAACACCGUAUGAUUCUGGAGCACGCAGUAUGACCUUUUGUGUGUCUCGUAAUUUCCAUGAAGCUCACUGAACUUUAGAUUGGUGCCGAUAAAAACAAUAAUCCUAGGCAUUUUCAUACUCUGCACAAAGCCUUGAGUAGAAGAGGAAUUUACCCUCUGGCUACAGCUGUACAGUGGUUUGGGCAUGAAUGGUGUGGGGGCGUAUGGUCAAAUGACCACAUGUUCGGUGUUCUGUCCAGAAUAGUUUUGAAAUCUGUUCUAAGAGAGCCAGAGAUGAGGGCCAGGAUUACCCAAUCACUUGACAGAAAGAAAGCGAGAGCAGGAAUGGAGCAGUUACAGCGUUUUUAGUUUCUUGUUUUAUUUUGCUGUUUAAAGAUUGAAUUGAUUUGACUUGGUGUUUUUUGAUGUCUUACUCUACCGUUAAAAGCUCUACGCUACACUCGUCUGACAUCGGGGAGCGUAUUCAUUUAUUACACAUGUAGUUGAGUAAGUUUUAAUGACAUUAUUACUCUUUAUUUUCAAACAUGGAUAUAUAGACAUUUAUCUAAUGGCAUUCCUUCAUUGUCCUAGGGCAAUCCGUCUUGUACAAACAGACUGUUUCCCACAGAAGGAGCAGAAAAUGCAUCCAGGGACAAGCAGAGUGCACUGAUAAGUGAUUAUGUAACCGUAAAGAUGACUGGGAGAGGCCGGAGGCGGUGCCUUAGCCUUUUUUUUCAUUGUUACAACACAGCUUAUUGGUUACUACAUGUGUCAAGACAGCGUCUGUUUAUCAGACAGCGUUUACACAUUAACAACAUGCCUGCUGGCUGCACAGUACAGUACAUUCUUACCACAGAGCAGCUUCCAUUAAUCCUGCAUGGACUCGUGCUGUUUUGUUUUUGUUUUUUUCCCAGCCUUGUUGAAAAUUUGAAGCAAUGUGAGGGUUUUAAAUUUGCAUCAAAGAUCAUAAAGAACAGGUUUCGGCUGCUGUGUGUUUGACAGUUGUGUAUAUUAUAAUGGUUUUUGGGGGGAUUGGAACCUUACUUUCUCCUUCCCACUUCUCACAUCAUCACGGGAUCUUCACGUGCUGCUGGUCAUGUAUGAUGUGAGGGCGUGUCUCAGGGGUUCAUGCAAGACUGAACAUGCUUUCAAACCAGAGUGAUGUUUUGUGCUUGUGGAAGUGUUGAUACCCACUCUUGACUCUUACCUCUCCAUCAGAGUCUUGAAUUUGAAACAUCUCUUUUUCUCUUUUUCACAGCACUGUUGCUCCAAUAAAAAAACACUCUGAUAUGACACUGCACAGCCACUGAAAGAGGUUGCAUAACAUUAUAUAACAGUGUGGUCCUAUUAGCCAGGCCUCUCCUUUGUUCCAUUGACCUUACAGAUUAAUCCCUGUCUUUACCUCGCUGGAAUUGGCUUUUGUUUUGCAGUCAGUAGUGAGAGGCUUUCCUCGCUUUAAAAUAACCAGCUUUCUCAGCCGUUACGCAGCUUUUUUAUUUAAUUUGUUAUAGCUGCAACAAAUGUAUUAAGAUCAUCCUAGCACUGCCUGGAACAUUCAGAUUACCGUGCAUGUGGUUUUUAUCCCAAGAGCAUUUUGAGAAAUGGACUAUAGAUAAUAUUGAUUUUACCCACUUCCGGAUUGUUUUCCUUCAAGUUAUGGUCACUGUGGCAAAGUUUUACUGAACACCCCUGUAUGUUUGUGCACUCCACUGAAGGUGGGUGUGACCCGUUGUGCAUUCGCCGCACACUGUGACAUACUUUGGAUUGUGUCAACAAACCAUUUAUUUCUAUCAGUUCUUGUCCAGCUCAGGUAAAAGUAGCAUUGUGUUGCAGGAUUUUAAUAUGUUUGAAGAGGCCUUAACUAUAACGCUGUUGUUUUGUGCGUUUUACAUGAACCAUUGUAAUAGUUGUGUUUUGUUUCUCACACACAAUGUGAUGCUUUCACACCUUGUCAUGUCAGUUUGUAAAAGCUGCAAAGUAGGUCACAAGGCUUUAGACAAGCCUGGGCAAAUGUUUUUGUUGGGAGAAAGAGGAGGAACCAAUGAGUCCGCUCGCUCACACAGGUUAAUAUUCAACUAAACACAUUCAAACCUACACUGUACACUUUUGUAUUCCUACCUGUCUUGUUGAUUUUGCCUCAAUGUCGGUUUUCUGUGUGCUGCCUCUGAUUUAGCCACCCAUAUCCCAAAGUAGAGCUUGUUCUACCUGUCAAUACUCAUCAGCAUUGGAUCCAGCCCACUGAUAAGAGGACAAAGGGCAGUUUGAGUGGACAAAAAAAGAGGUCUCAGAAAAGGAAGAGGAGAGAGGGGUAUUUUGUUUUGAUGUGAAAGGCUUUUCUUUCUUAUCUGUCCUUGGUCAGGUACACUAUCACCCCUGUGGGUUUACAUGACCAGAAAGCACUACGUUUGCAUAAACAAGGCAAUAAGGCAACCAGCUGCAGUGAAGGGGGGUGGGUGGGUUAACGUAAUUACUAACUGGUCUGAGUCUCGGUCUGCUAAGACACACUGAGAAGGUUUAAGCCAGGCAUGCAGGCAGACUGGAGUAAGGUUCUCCACCUCUCCAUCCCCCUCUGACCACCCCACCUCCAAUCCUCUUCUCCCAGCGGAGACAUUACAGCCGGUGGUUGAAGGUCACAGUCGGAGGUGCAGCUACCUACCCCCACUCUGGUCUCGUCUGGGAUGUCGAACCCACAUCUAGACCGCUGACGAGACUCGUCAAGUGGAGAAACCUGCCCUUUAUUCUCAUUUUAAAACCACAUUUAGCUUCGGUACGCAUUUAGCGCGACAGGAUUGUCAGUGGUUGCAGAAUUCUGUCUGUAUUCUCCCCCUUUCCUGCUUCCAGACCACAAGAGGUUAAAGCCUUAGCACUGACACAGGCAGGGGUGAAAGGUCACCCUCAAUGAAUGGAGUCAUGGGAGAGGAGGAGUCAUAUCAGGACACGAGCAGGCAUCUGGCAUGUCCGCUUGUUCAGCUUCAGGAUCUGGGUUAUGUGCUGCAUAGACAGUUUCCACAUAAAAAUGCAGCUGACUGUGGCGGGCGCACUUUCUUAUAGCGGCGUUGAGCUGCUUCUUAAACUUUAAGGUCUUUUAAGGAGCGCGUAUAGAAUCGCAGAGACAAAAAAGUUUGACCUUAUCUGUUCUUUGAGGGUGCAGCACCGCAGCUGGCUCUAAAUCACUCGUUUCUAAACACUAAUGAGGGCCUCUGGAAGACGCUCUGGCUAAUGGGUAAAAUAUUUGCUGUGUGUGCCUGUGUGUGCACUGUACCCUAAUGAGACAUUAAUCAUCGCCUGUUAUGGAGUGAAGAAGAGAGCGAAAUCAAUUGCAUAAGUGAGGAGGAGAGCUUGAGGCAGGAGGAAUGUUUUCUGCAAACACUCGGCGGUGUUGCAAAAGUAACAUUACGAAGACAAAGUUUUAUAUCUCACUAGGAUAUUACGGCUCAAUUUUGUGUUGACUUGAAAGCAUUUUUUUCACGUCUAAUUGUGUAUAUAUUGGUUUUAUAUACCGCACAAGUAUCCUCAGGCAGGAUACCGCAGGGACAAGGAGAGAAAGAAACACUCAUCGAGGAAGAGAAACUUGUUGCACAGCUCUGGCACCGCUGCACCAAAAUGCUUUAUCACUUGCUCACCCACACCAAUAGGCGCUUACAUAAGGGCCCCUGUUCUACCUCAGCAGCUUUUCGAGAUGCCUCAGUCAACUGUCUUUCCUCCCCCUUCAACUAGUCCUUCUGUCUUUUGGCCCCAUUCUUCAUAUCAGCCGGCAGCUGCUCUGAGGAAGUCCCCUCAUUUUAUAAACGCCAGGCAACUGUUAUUGCACCCCUUGAUAGGAUCGGUCUUCUGUUUUACAUGACUGACAUCAAAUUUUCUAAGAAGUUUAUGACAGUAAAAUCUACGAUGGAGUAUUAGGGCGACAUUAGGAAAAAAAAACAAUAAGACUUCGAGAUUAAAGUUGUUAAUUUACAAGAAUAAAGUCGUAAUAAAAACAUUAUGAUACCUAUGAUAAUGUGGUGCUGAUGUGCCAGAAGAUUCAGUAUCUCCAACAACUGUCAUUUAAAACAACAGAUUAAAAUAUAAGGACUCAAUUCGGACUUAAUUCUCCUUAGUAAUUACUUGAUUAUGACUUCUUUAUUCUCAAAAUUUUGACUUAAUCAUGUAAUUUAGAUUUUUUAAUGUCGAAAUUUGGAAUUCUUUUCAUUUGGACUUUUUAAAUUUCAACUUUAAUCUCAAAAUUUUGAUUUUUUUCAUUUCGACUUUUUUAAAUUUCGACUUUAAUCUCGAAAUGGCAAAUAAAAAAAACUCCCUCCUAUAAUUAUUUAUUUCUCUUCUUGUGGCCCUAAUCCUCUUUCAUAGAAAUCAGUUUGACCAAAUGUUUCACACCUUUGCAGUGGAUAUAUUAAAAUGGGGCUCUUUCGCAGUGUACAGAUCCUAAUUCUUUCAUUCACUUACACCUUAGCAGCAGUUUUAGACAUUAAAAUUGACCAUAUGGAAAAAUCAGUUGUCGAUUGUGCUCUUAUUUGCAUUUAUAGAUCAUUUGGACGCGUCACUAUUAACCUAAUCUGUUUCAUGAGCAGCUGAAAACCGUGCACAUGCGCUUUAACGUGCUUUAUGUCUCCCAUGCGCCCCAUUUCCCGUUUGUCUUGACCCUUCGUCCUUUGACCCUUUGUUUGAGCGACGACCGGUUAAGCUCUCUGAACAAUAAAGAGUCACUCUCUGCCAGGAAAGACUAUUUCAUCCUCUUUUAUGAAAUAAUGACAGUUCCAAACUGUGUUUUUUAAAAAUUUUCUUAAACACACAUCCUUGUCGUGCAUUUUUACAUUUCCCCCUUUUCUCUGCCUUUAUCCGUUCAUAAAGCAGGGAUAUUCUUGAAAACUUAACAGCAAAGUUAACAAUAAUAUUCCUUUCUAUCGGCUCUGAUCUGUUGAUUUAAUCUUACAGUCAAAGUGUCGAUUAAGCUUUGAAUUUCCCUCCCUAAUCUUUACAGCUCAGAGAGUUCAAAGCUUCAUUCUUAUUUCACACAGCGUGAUUAUGCUAUUAUGCUUUUCACUGUAGAUUAUAACAAUAAAACUAAUCGUUCUUGUUUCAUUACUUAAAACUAUAAAAGAUUAAUCAACAUAACAAUUCAGGGGGAAAAAAUGAAUAUACUCUGUAGUGCGCCAGUGAAACCUGAUCCUUGGUGGCUGGGAAUAAGCCUAUUUAAGUCUGAAGUAACUGUUUUCAAAAUGUUCUGUAAGCCCUUAGUUUCAUGGAUUUUUCUUUUCCCUUCUCUAAAUUACUUAUAAAUAUCCUCACACAACACACACACACACUUGCAACACACACUUACAACACACACAUACACAAAUCUUGCGCAACCCUUUCAUAAGUCAUCCCAGGCUGCUGAUGACAAGCAGUGAAAUUCAGUCCAGACUGCAAACAGAGAGGAGUCUGAGAAACGCCUCGCACUGACUGCAGAGCUGAACGACUCACAUCUGUUUGAUUGUUUUGCUUUUUAAUUAGCGCUGAACAUGUAGUGGAAAAUUUUCAUCACUUUUAUUAUGUCAGGAAUCGAAUUUUAUUUGUUCCCUCUACUGGAAGUUGUACUCACAGAAAUAAUACCAGCUUUUUUCUUUUCAAAACACAACAUGAAAAUAGUAAUUACCAGUUUAUAUGCCUUUUAAUAUUCAAAUAUGUACAAAAUAAAUCUAAAUGACCGCUCUCUUUUCAUUACUUGUUUUCUACCUACUUUAACAAACAAUAAUUUCCCCACAAGUGUUGCAAAAUAUAGGUCACAAUUACACAAAUACAUGGCUGCAGGAUGAGGUUUAUGUAUUUCGAGUGACAUUUCAGACCUGUUGUAAAACUGUGCGGACAGCUCUGACUCUUAGUUUAGAUGUAAAAGUGAGUUGUUGUAAAUUUUUAGGCAUUCCAAUCAAUUUUGUGUUCGCACAGUUAAGUAGUGUGAGCGUUGACCUUUUGAAAAUGCCUGCGCCCGCGAGGGGUUGAGUCCAUCAAAGCCAAGAGCGCCGCAUUGAUUAAACGGCUAAUAUACAGCUAGCGAGCUCAUUGAAAAUACAUUUCAAAGAUCUAGCUUCAACAAACAAUCAAAUUAGCAGGACACACCCAGGCUGUUAGAACCAGUGAGCCCAGUUCCUCAUAAGCUCCUAGAAACCCCCCCUUCUCCUGCUCUGUGUGUGUCCUUAAGUGAGCGCUUGUUGACAUGUGUGUCCUUGACAAUAGAGCUGUGUGGGCUGGAAUAAUGAUUUAUCCUCAUGCCCUCGGAACAAACGCCGAGUCAGACAAGAAGACAUCUGAUGAAGGAGCGCUGCGAGUGAGAGCGCAUUUCUCUGAUAUCGACCCCCGCUGGCUUUCUUUCUGUAUCAGCAGCGUUGUGGACAGGUUUUUAAAUAAUACAGAUACUAAUGCGUUUCUUCUGUCAGCUUCUGGAUAUUACAUCAUUGCUACAAUAUUUCUUAUCAUACACUCUUUGCAGAGGAAGGAGGACAGAAGUUGACAACAUCUCGCUCAUUUGCUCUUUUCUGUGGUCUCCCUGCAGCUGUAAACUUGUCCUAAUAAGAAACAGAUUGAUUUAUUCUCUCAUAUUACAAUUCAAACAGCACAAAUCCUGUUAUUUAUUUUACACAGGGAGUCCACAGGUCUCUAAAAUACAGACUAAGUUUGGAAUUGGACCAUAAACAGGUAUUCUAAAUGUGUGUCAAUUCUUCUUGAACCUUUAAGUCUCUUUAACCCUUGUGCACCCCUAAGAAAAACUUCCCUUAACACCCCUAAGGACCGAAACGGUCCCCUCCAUUUUGCUGGAGUAAAAAUAUGGUCUAAAUAAAUAUAUUUAAAUUUUUUUUUUUUUGGCUGCCAUCAUUGACUUAUAACCUAAUCAUGAAUAGCAAAACUUUAUUCAGGUUUUGUAUUUUAACCCCAUAAAUGCCAGUCUUUUUUGUAAAAACCUGAUAUUAUUUUAAGUCAAAAAACACAAUUAAUGAAUUAUUUUCCAUCCUAUAUAUGCAAAUUGUUUUUUUAAACUUUUGAUUAUUAGAGCAUGGGAUUGGUAAACAUUGAUGAGAAAAUGGAUUUGAAAGGAUUUGUAUUUUUUCUGUAGUGUUGAAUAAUAAUAAAAACUUCAAUUAAGACCCCUAAGGACCGAAACGGUCCCCUCCAUUUUGCUGCAGUAGAAAUAUUGUCUAAAUAAAUAUAUUAAAAAUUUUUUUUUUUGGCUGCCAUCAUUGACUUAUAACCUAAUCAUAAAUAGCAAAACUUUAUUCAGGUUUUGUAUUUUAACCCCAUAAAUGCCAGUCUUUUUUGUAAAAACCUGAUAUUAUUUUAAGUCAAAAAACACAAUUAGUGAAUUAUUUUCCAUCCUAUAUAUGCAAAUUGUUUUUUUAAACUUUUGAUUAUUAGAGCAUGGGAUUGGUAAACAUUGAUGAGAAAAUGGAUUUGAAAGGAUUUGUAUUUUUUCUGUAGUGUUGAAUAAUAAUAAAAACUUCAAUAAACACCCCUAAGGACCGAAACGGUCCCCUCCAUUUUGCUGGAGUAAAAAUAUGGUCUAAAUAAAUAUAUUUAAAUUUUUUUUUUUUUUUGGCUGCCAUCAUUGACUUAUAACCUAAUCAUGAAUAGCAAAACUUUAUUCAGGUUGUGUAUUUUAACCCCAUAAAUGCCAGUCUUUUUUGUAAAAACCUGAUAUUAUCUUAAGUCAAAAAACACAAUUAGUGAAUUAUUUUCCAUCCUAUAUAUGCAAAUUGUUUUUUUAAACUUUUGAUUAUUAGAGCAUGGGAUUGGUAAACAUUGAUGAGAAAAUUUGAAAAGAUUUUUUUUUUCUGUAGUGUAUUACACACACACACACACACACACACACACACACACACACACACACACCAUCCAUCCAUCCAUCCAUCCAUCUCUUGCUUUUAUGCACGCACAUCGAUGAUAUCCUCCCUCUUCAGGUGCUCGCUAUGAACCUUGUGCGUGCGCUCACACAUGCAUGCACGCACACACAAUCUCACACACAAUCUCAAACACACACACACAUACACACACCAUCCAUCCCUUGCUUGCUUUUACGCACGCACAUCGAUCAGGUGCCUGCUAUGAACCUCGUGCGCUCGCUCACACACACACACAAACAAUCAGACACACACACACACACACACACACACACAAAAACAAUCAGACACAUGCACACAUACACACACACACACACACACAAACAAUCACACACACACACACACACACACACACCAUCCAUCCAUCCAUCCCUUGCUUUUACGUAAGCACAUUGAUGAAGCCCUCCCUCUUCAGGUGCCAGCUAUGAACCUCGUGCGUGCGCUUACACACGCACACACGCACGCACGCUCGCACACACACACACACACACACACACACACACACACACACACACACACACACACACACACACACACACACACACACACACACACACACACACACACACACACACACACACACACACACAAACACACACUCACACUCCACACUCCAUCCCUUCCUCGCUUGCUUUUACGCACUCACAUUGAUCAGGUGCCCGCUAUGAACCUCAUGAGCUUGCUCACACACGUGCGCACACACACACAAUCAGACACACAAUCACACACACACAAUCAGACACACACACACACACACACACACACAGAAGGAAACUGCAGGUGCAGAUUGUACAACUGCCGCUGUUUCUGGAAGGAUUUUGGCUAUUCUCAUGGCUGCAUAUGCACACACACACACACACACACACACACACACACACACACACACACACACACACACACACACACACACACAAGUAAUUCAUGAAAACACAUGCACAUAAUCCAUGAUGUCCCAAAAGCACACCUAAAUAGUUUUUAUUAAAUUUAUUUUCUCUCUAAAGAUGUUUAGUAUAUUUAGCCUGUAUUCAAUGUAUAUAUUUAGUAUUUUUAGUCUGCAUUGUACAUAUUUCUUCUUAUAUUUAAUUCUAUUUUGUAUUUUUUUGCUGCUGUAACAUGAGAAUUUUCCAGUUUGGGAUCAAUAAAUUAUAUAUCUAUCAAUCUAUCUAUCUAUAUGCAUGAAAUAAACCAGCUCUGUGACAAAGGGAAAACAGUGCCCCUCUGGUUCUAAAGGGUAUGGCAGGAAAAAAGAAAAAUGGCGCCAUCUGCUGGUCGGCAUAAAAAAAAAAAACAGUUUGACCCUCAAAGAAUAGGUGUACAUGAGAAAAAAAAAAUCCAAAAAUUAUACUGCAUUGGCAGUGUAUUGAAAAAAACAUGUUUUAAUGGGAGUCAAUGGGACCGUUUCGGUCCUUAGGGGUGUUUACUGAAGUAUAAAAAUUGCUCACAUGCAAAAAAGGUUAAAGGAAGAAAAAAGAAAAAAAAUUAAAUUGCACCUAAAAUUACACACUUUGGCAAACUUUCAUGCCAUUUGCAUCAUCACAGCCAAAAUUAUCCACAAAAGUAUAGUUACAAAGGACCAAAACGGUCCCUAGGGGUGCACAAGGGUUAAUAAGAGCGAAAACACACACCCCUGGACUCUCUUUGACAGCUGCCAAGAUAACGUGGAGAUUUCCGGCCUUGGGGGAAGUUAGAAAGUAUCCCAGCUUAAAGUUAACAGCGGCGGCUUCCAGCACCAACAUUUGACCGCACAAAGCAUUAAGUGUAUGAGGCUCUCCAGUCAGGUGGAGAGCAGGGCACUGACCACUGCAACUCUUCAGCAACUCUAAAAUCUGUGUUAUGAUAUGCAGAUACAACAGAAGUAAUCUCGUUUCCUUUGAUUUAUCUACAGCCACACUAUAUUUUUAAUCCACAAUAGAAAAUUAGCACAUGUAUUAUAUUAUAUUUUCGUUUUAUGCAUUACAAACUGUAACAUUUGGGGCAAGGCUGAGCUUAGCUCUUAACUGUCUUAAUUAUAUUUUUCUCAUGUUUGAUUUUGAACUUCAUGUACAGCGUUUGUUUUCUUGUGUAUGGUGUCCCUUUGUUUUUAUUAGGGCUGGGCGAUAUGGCCUCAAACCAAUAUCACGAUAUAUGAAGCAGUUCACCUCGAUAACGAUAAAUGGACGAUAACUACUCCACAAGCUGCUCACCCUCUCCCACAUUAACUUUGUCUACUUAAGCCAUCUUAAAGGGACACGAGACCAUAGCCUACCUAAACAUAUCCAAAACCAACCUUUAUCUAUUGACAUGGGCAAAAUGACGUUGGUUAUUGUCGUAAAUUUUGGUAUCUGUAAAUUUUCGAUUUAUCGCCCAGCCCUAGUUUUUGUCUUUAUUUUUGUUCUCCCCUUUGGUUGUACAGCACUUUGAUCAACACAAGUUGUUUUUUAUGUGCUUGACUUGACAUGGGUGUGAGAUUCAUGACAUGUGAUGCAAAGAAAUCUGUCAUAAACACUCUACCUGUAAAGUUCAAUCACCACACCCGCAUCAUUUUAGGUUAAAAAUGUGGGGCGUUUUGAAAAAAAUGCAGGGAAUUUAGACUCGCAGUUGGUCACAGUAGAGAGGUUUUAACAGUGUCAACAACAUAGUCCUCUAAAGCUGUCAGAUUAAGCCAGAGAGAAAAAGGAGAAGGUUAAACAGGGAUCCGUGUACUUCUCUGACUUGAGCAGGACUAGGGAGUGGUAUAGAUUUUAUAGGCCUGCUGAACAGCUGUUUCUGUCUCUGGUUUCACUUCAGCUCUCCUCAAUUGUCGGGUCAUGUCUGCUCCUUUACAUUUGGUUAGAUUUACAAGGGAAUGUAGACCAAAGGGGACUUGAGGAUUCCUGUCUGCAGUGUGAAUGAAUAAGGUGAGGUGGUUUGUUGGUAUUUCUGAAAUUGGACGCGCUAGCUUCACUGGCGUAACACAGUGUUCCUGUCAGCACUGCAUUGUUUUUAAAACCGUCCUUCUGAGGCUGUUUUUAUAUCUGCUAAUGUUAAAGACUUCUGUACUGAUGUGGUCAACAAGGUAGCUGAAUCAUCUACAAGUGUCUUGCGUAACGUUUAUACACUGUAUUUGAAAUUUAAUAAGGAUUCAGGGAACUGCGGCGGCGGAAAAGAUCUUUUGACAAAAUCACAAGGCCCGAAUCAGCAGAUUUAAUUUCCCAAAUAUGUAUGAAGAAGGAACUGUAAAAGUUCAAUUCAAUUUUCAUGCCAUUUCUGCCAUUAUUCCCAAGGAUUUAUAGCAUUAUAUAACCUUCCCAAGUCCACAGUUUUGAAGAUUUUACCAUCAUAAGUGAAUCCAUCUGUGUGUGUGUAAGUUGUGUGUGUCUUUGUCUCUGCAUGUAAAGGGUUUUGGCAGGGGAGAGGCCGAACUGUUUGACAGGAAAACACACGAGUCUCAUAAGGCAUGACUUUCCCCGAGCCAGGGCUGCUAGCUGUGUCUGGCAUGCCCUCCCAUCUGUCUGUUUGUCUGUUCAGGAGAAAGAGUCUGCCCUCAUCUGACCAAUGCCCCCGUUUAGUCCUGUUCGAAAAUGCACAACUUGUACAGGGAGUCCCACCAGUUGCGUCCAACUGGCAGCCGAUUUUAUCCCUUUUUGUGAAACACAGCCUCCAUAUUUCAACAUAUUUGUUAAGUAUAAAAAAAAAACUAUCGGAGGGUUUAAUAUCCUCUUAGACGUCUCAUGGAUGAGCGGCUCUAUCUCUCCACAGCUGUCUUUAGGUAGACGUUUAGUUUUAUCAUCAUGAUGAUCGCUCUAGUGUUUCCAUGAUGUACUUUAAUUGCCUCCAUUCAUCUUAUUAAGUAUCCCAGUGCUGGCAUCGUGAGGCGAUAGAGAGGCCAUUUUCCUUUCCUUAUCCUCCUUUAUUCCCAAGCGUGUCACCCCCUCCUCCUAUAGUACGUUGGAACACUGAUAACAGUGAGUACAGUCAAUCGCUUUGACAGGCACAGAGCCAGAGCCAGAGGAUCCACUGGGAGACCUACAUUUUUUUUUUAAAUUCAUCUGAAUAAAGUCUGAUGGGGCCAGUAGGGAUGGACGAGGAUGUGGUGACAGAUUUGCUUAUGCCUCAUCAGUUGUGUAUUAUUGCUUGCGUCUCCUGUGCUGGAUUGUUGGUUUUAUUCUGGUGGUCUUUAAAGAAUGUAUUUAUAUGUUUUAUAUAGGACUGCAGUGACUGAAAUUUUUUAGUUAUCGAGUAUUCUAAUGAAUAUUCCAUUAAUUAAUCAAGUGAUCCGAUUGGGUAAAGGUUAGGUGCAAUAAGUGCAAUUAUCACUGAACAACUGCUAAACAAUCUACCAAAUAUUCUAUUGAUUAAUCAAGUUAUCGGAUAGGGUUCGGGUUAGGUGCGAUAAGUGCAAUUAUCAUGGAACAAUCGGAAACAAUCAAACAAAUAUUCCAUUGAUUAAUCUAGUAAUUGGAUAGAGUUAGGUUUGAUAAGUGCAAUUAUCGUGGUACAAUCGUGAAAACAUCUACUAAAUAUUCCAUUGAUUAAUCGAGUAAUCGGAUAGGGUUAGGGUUAGGUGCGAUAAGUGCAAUAAUCGCAGAACAGCUGUGUGCGUUAGCAGAUUGCAAUGCUCUUAAGAAAGCUAAUUAUGAUAUUAGUUUUCAUCAAGCCCCCAAAUACAUUAGUGUAUUUAAUGUUACCUGCUUUUGCUACUACACUGGCAAUUUUAGGCUGCAAGCUAGCGUGAAAAGGAGUGUGCGGAGCGGCGCUGUUUCCGCCCACGACUCAGAGGCGAAUUGCUAAUGAUCUACUGGAGCUCUGCCGAAGAAACGCCCCUCUCCUCAUUCAUUUUUUUUAGCUCCGCAAAACCAAAACUGCGCUUACUCCUCCUUCAUAAGGUGACAUAAGGGUGUUGUGUCACCCUGAAAAUAGAGAGAAUAUCCCUCAAUUAUUUUUGAGGUACUCGAGGAACUGUUUCAGCCCUAGUUUUAUAGUGUCCUUCCUUCUCUAUGACGCCCCUGCAGACAAACAGGAAGGCCCCGACUUCACUAAAACAAUAGAAGUAAAGCCAUUAUUACCAUUAUACUUAAAGGAAGAAGUCCAAUGAGACUUAGCUUAUCCACAUCUCACCACACACUUUCAAAAUCUACAUCCAAACUUCUCUUUUUCUACUUUGAGCUCUUGUUUGUUAUGAGAUCCAGUCCCUCACUUUCCCUUUCUAGAAAAAGAUACUGAUCAGUCAGUUUAGUUUACUGGCUGAGGCUUUUGUCUGUCUGUCUGCAGCUGCCCUGCAGAUAUUUGGCUUCAUAGGAGUAAGUAGAGCAGAGGGUCUUUGAAAAAGCACUGGUUUGCUUUUGCAAAAACACAGGAAGCAGGGCUACGGCCCGCUCCGGCUUGCGAUGGCAGAAGGGCAAAUCCGAAGAGCAGGAGAGAGAAGGAGUGGGAAGUGAAGAAUGAGGAACAAAAUAAGAGUAUGAACGCUGCAGAAAAAGGAGGACUGACCACUUUGUUCAGGGCUCUCUGCCAUUUUAACUUGUGCUACAAGUUUUCAAAGAUGUUACUGUUUAAGUCGCUCUCUGAUUUUUUUCUUUAAUGCAUUACUUUUAAAUUUCAAACCAAAGUCUGGUUUGUGACUCGGUCCCCAGCUUCCCCCUCCCCUCUUUUGCUCAAUCCAGAUGAAAACAGCCCUACUUGGUUACACGCAGAUUGAACUCCUCUUACUUGAUUUGUUCUGGGUUUCCCUUCACAUCCAUAGAACAAAUAGUGAGGCAGAGCCCAAUUGUUCUUGAGGCUCUGGAGAAGACUUGUCUUUAUGAUCCUGGAAAAGCAAAAGUUCAGUCCAGCCCAGAGUGGUUUGGAUUAUUUAGAUCUAUGAAAAUAUGGUUUGAACGGAUGUCGGACAAGAAUAAAAGGGUUUUUCAGAGAGUAAAAACAAAACGAAAAGCAACUUGGGGGCCGUCCCUGCUGGCACAGUACUUCAGCGCAGGAUUUAAAUGAAAAAUGACAAGCGCUUUGAUAAGGAGGCAGUGUUUCAGGCAGAAGAGCCUAUCCUGUUUACCUCCCCCUUGCAAGAGAGGGUAAAAAAAGGCCACUACUCAGGAGAGACUGUCCUGCUUUCCCCUAGCAACAACACUGUUAUUGGAGGAGACUGACAGAAGUUGUGAGGGAAGUUGCUAUAGCUACAAGUUAAUCUUGUUGUGUGGCCUGAAGCGACAGUGGGGCAAUAAAGUGUGGUUAGCAGAUUUCCUCAGAGACAUGAUCUGUUGUGUAUUAACCGAUUUUACAUCUACACAUUACACACUGUGCAGUGAAUGCCUUGCACCCUGUUAUUUUGCACAUCGACUCGUUUAAUGAUAUCUUAUUUUUAAAGGACUUAAAGAAUUUAAGUACUAGGAGUAUUUUGAGGUAAAAGCAGGAGAUGACCUGUGUGUGUGUGGUCACAGCUAGGGCUGGGCGAUAUGGGAAAUAGUUUAUCAUGAUAUAUUUUUUCACAUAAGUCAAUAUCGAUACAUAACACGAUAUUUAAAAAAUUACUUGUCAAUCUUAAAUGUUCCCUAAUAUUCAGUGUUGUUUUCCCUUUUUUUCCACACCCGAGGCGUGACGCUGACGAGCUAAACAUAAGUCUUAUAUGACUAAAAUGUGAGGAGAUGAAUGUGCGUUGACGAGACGAAAAUGUUUGUGGUGGGCGAUGAACAGAGUUGCAAAAUUCAUGAGCAUUUCGUCAGUCAAACACUAAACAUAAAUUCUCGCAGACACAAAACAAUGAGCUCCGAGAGAAUUCAGUCGGAUUUAAUAUUUAACCGUCUGAGAGUUUAGUCUGAAUUUAGCCUGAAGGAAGAACAACAGGAGGGAGAGGAGUGUGUGUGUGUUAGAGAGAGUGUGUGUGUGUGUGUGUGUGCGUCGAUGAUGAUGAAAUAUUUUCGUCAACGUCAUCGUCAAAAAAAACAACACUGCUAAUAUUCAACGGUUUGUAUUGGUAGCAUGUCUUUUGCAGUACAAUAAGCUACUGCAUCUGUGAGGUCUUUGUGUCUCCUCGACGUUUUGUUGUAAGGCGUUGCGCGAGAGAAAGCGGACUGAAUGGUUGGUUCAGCACGGCGCGGACCCAGAGUAACUCCCUUUUACAUUGGCUAUUCGUAUCGUCUACCAAAACAUGGCAGAAUGCCGGCUAUUGGAAAGCAAUGUGACCAUGUUUCAUAUUGAUAUCGAGCGAAUUUAAUUUUCCACCCAGCCCUAGUCGUAGGUGUCUACUCUAUUCAAAUGUUAUUUUGACGUCACACUUAUCUUGUGUGCGUCUCAGCCUGAAUGUAAUGCGCCAUAAUAUCCAAAUCAGGCUGUCUCCAAAAGGCGCUGGCACGGUAUGCGAGCCAUGUUGUGUGUCAAGAUCUGCUCUUUCGUCAGCCGGUUAAUUGCUUGUGCUGUGUCAACAUUUUCUCUCUGAGGAGGAUGGUGUGUUACUGACACAGUUCUGAUUUUAUGGCAGGUUCUUACGCAUAAAACAGCUUCUUUGUUUUAUAAGAGUAACGUGCAUGUGCAUCAUUCCGCCUAUGUAUGUACUUUAUUACACAUAUUGCAUACAUGAGAAGUCAGACACCACAGAGGGAAUCAUGCCUUUUGCUCUGCAUCUAUUAUCUAUUAUUUUGCCGGGACAAAGCUACCCGUUGUUGGCGCUUUGGCCUAAGGCUACAGAUUGCAUUCGAGGAUCAAGAGACAGAAAGAGAGGGCUUUUUGUCCCGCCACUGAAUAGCCAUUACAUUCACAGCCCACAUUAAAGAGACACGGCUCCUGCCUAACAGCCUCUCCCUCUCCAGGGGGUUCAGAGCCUGGGGACUUACGUAAGGAGCAACAUGUGUACAGACGGCGCUAUCAUGGCUGAAUUCAGAAGAUGCUUCGCCACAUAUUUAUACGAAUACAUGUGUGAUUCUGUUUGGAUUUACACACAAAGAGGGAAAAUAAAACAGGACAAAAAAGGGUGGAGGGGUAGCUGUAAAUAAGGGGGGCAGGUAAACGGAUUAUUGCCUAUCAUGACUAUCUGCUAACAGAGUGAAUAAGGGAGCGAGACAGAGAAAAAGAGAGAGAGAUGGUGAGACGGCUGGCAUUACGUAAUUCAGUGGAGAUGAGGCAGGAUGAUGGGGGACGGAGGGAUUGCAGGAUGGAGAGCAGUGGGUGUUCUAUUUAUAGAGCGUAUAUGGUCGGGGGAGCUGUAGGGGUUGCACAGCAGGAACACAAUCAACAACACGAGCCUGGUCAGUGCAAAUAGCCUCAGUUGUGACAAUGUGGUUUUAUUAGACAGGAUAUACUGGUUUGACUGCAUCCUACCCUCCCUUGCUCUGUUCUUUUGCUUUAUUUUUGUGCGCAUAUAAAAACCUACAAAACACUUCAUCUGCAUUUUCAUCUAUGAUUUCAUGCGCUUAACAUACAGGCUCUCGUACAUAAACAGCAUACUGCUCAAAUCCCUUCAGGGCCGAUCGGGAUCCCUUGAGCCUUAAACAAGCUCGGAGGGUAAAAAGAGAGAUAGAUGCAUAUCAGGAGAACACGUGACGCCGUGUGGUUAACAAUGCUCUUAUGGUUUUGUGGUUCCUGUCAGUUCCUCUGUCAGCCUCCCUCACAUUCACCCCCUUCUGAGUACGUGCAAGGAUGAGCGGUCGGAACAUAUGUUUUCGGAGAUGAAUAAACAAAAAGCUUUGCCCUGGGAAAAGUCCUGUUUUUUAUUUUUUUUUGGUGUGAAUCUUCACCGCUGUGCAAAUUUGAAUGUGCGUCUGUGUUAGAAAGAGGAACAGACAGGCAGGUACCAAAAGGCAAAAUAAAAACAAGGUCAGUGUUUACUUUAUGUGUUUGUUCUCAUGACUCAAACAGAGUGUUUGGAAAUGAAAUUGGGUUUUUGCAUGAGCAUGUGACGGCUUUUUUUGGUUUUGAAACUAAAGGUCAAACACCAGUCACUAGGCCAAUCUGAGGCUCACACAGCUGCUGGAUAUAGAGAAGCCAGCCUAUGCAUACAGUACAUACAGAUACACAUUAGUACACCCGGAUGCCUGUUUUAGGGGUCAUGGCGAUCACAUGAUCACAUCCAGUUGAUAGGUGCUAUUUAAGGCAAGCAUCAUUGGGCUUGAAGGGGAGACCACAGGGUAUUGUUGGCUUGGUAUAUCACUAGUGAAAAUCAGACCCACCACACUGAACUGUACUUUAAGUCAUCCUGAUACAAAAGUGAUAAGCUUUGUGGUCAGCCAACUCAAAAACAAUGAAAUCUACUGAUUCUGCCCAGCUGCCUCUACGCUUUCUUGACCUUUCAAAACCGGUUUCCCGGUAUUUUUUUCUUAGUAAACAAGAUAGACUGCUCGUGUGUUGUCCUGGGCUGAGAGUGCUUUUAGUUUUUCCUUUUUUUUCUUCUCUCUUUCUGAGAAUGAAACAAUCACCUCCUGUAUCUGUCUAGACCCGGUGGAUUAUUGCAAACUGUCCACAGUUUGUUUCUCAACAGACAGAAAAAGCUGUGUAAGAGUUGUGUUCUGCUCAACUGAGCCUCGGCUGUGCCAAACAGGUGGAGAACACAUGCAGGGUUGGGGUGUGGUUAGAUCGUAUUAAGCAGGAAAAAAUGAAAUGGAAAGUACUGCUAGAACAGCAUCAAGUUUGUUGUCGUAAUCGGGGUAUGCUUUCAUGUCUUUGCACAUGUGUGUGCGUUUUGGCAAAUGGAUCGGACAAGAGAUGGACCAAUUACUCAGGCCAUUUAAUGACAACUGGCAUCAAAUCGUGUCUAUCCUCACGAGGCUGAUUUGUUUUAAGCCCAAAUAUUUACCAUGUAUUUUUCCUAUUUCAAUAACUGCAGAUGGUUGGAGAGGAAUCAAGAGGUCCCAUGUGGCACUGUUUUACUGAGGCAAUUACUUUUUUGUCUGUAUUUAUUUAAUAAAGUGUCCAUUUAAGUUUAGCUUCUUAUUCAAACUGAUGUAUUUAAUAAAAUGUAGAAAGAACUACAAUGUGAUGUCAGCAUUUCAUACCACUUAUCAACAUGCUCUCUAAAUAUCAACAUUAAGAGGUUUAGAGGUGUGAAUUGCAUAUUUUCAGAGACCCUCAAAGCACUUUACAUUUAAUACAUCAUUCAUUCGCUCACACAGUCACACCUUGGUGGUGGUAAACUACCUUCCUCGUCACUGCUGCCCUGGGGCAGACUGAUGGAAAUGUAGCUGCCAGUUUGCACCUAUGGCCUCCCUGACCACCACCACCACACAACAACACAACACUCACAAUCACACACCGGUGGACACACACUGGGAGCUGGGUUAAGUGUCUUGCCACAGGGCAAAACCGUCAGACUAGGUAAUCGAACCGCCAACCUUCUCGUUAUCAGACGAGUGCUCUACCAUGUGAGCUACUGCCAAGGGGCUGGACUAUAGUUCAAUUUACAGCCUACCUAAUAAAGAAGCUGUGCGCACAACAUGGCAAGUGUCAACAAAAGUAGCUUACUAUUUUACCCCAGCCACUCAAACGACCAAGUAAGCAGGACAAGCGUCCUGCUUUGACCGACCGGUGACGACCAGUCUCUAAAGGGAGAGAGGUUCACACACGAGGAUCCUUCACAACGUUACACAUGCACGCACAGAGCAGCGAUCUGAUGUAAACACCGGUAUUAACUGUAUAAACUUCAUCAUCAGAGUCUCCUCUCAUCCACACAGAAACACACGUGUUCACCAAAACUACAGCUUUCACAGCAGCUCAUUACACCAUAACACUGAUUGACGGAGAUCUGACCAAAAAUAACAGAGGGAAAUAUGUCUUACCUUGACUCUGGCUUCCAAAACAGUCAGCAUUAACAGUCAUCCAGCUCCAACAGGUGAAUAAUCCACCGUUAGUAUUCCCGUUUACCGCUCCUCACGGUCAGCGCGUUUCAUUCAUUUGCAUUGUGUGGAAAAAAGUUUUAGCUCGCUUUAACUUCAGGUGUCCCGAUAGAAGCCUGGACUUGUUACCGAGUCCAAACCACAGGUCCAGACAGGACGCGACUAACUUUCCGUGUCGGAACCGGGAAGCGGUCCGUGUCCCAGGUGUAACAAUUGAGCCGGCCGACCAGAAACAGCGCUAAAACCUUUUUUUGUGGUGGAUUAUUAUGUACGGUGGCCGAGGACCAACACUGCUGCAAAUAAAAAGAGAAUACAAAAAAAAGUUACAGAUGGAAAAAAAACGGAGCCCGCUGCAAAUAAAAAAAGGAACGUGCACUUUCUUUUUUUUUUGCAAAAUUCUGUUGUUUUUUUUUAUUUCAUUUUUUAUCUGCAGCGGGCUUCAGUUUCUUUUUUUUUUUUGUAUCAGUAACUUCUGUUGUAGCUCCUUGUUUUGCAUCCUUUUUUAUUUGCUGCAGUGGCGGUUCUCGGCCACCGUAAUUAUCAGAUCUCUGUUAAACAGUGGUGUGGUGUAAUGUUGGAGGGGGGCAGUUUACAAAAGGUUGAGAACCCCUGCAUUAAUAUAUCAGUCAUCGGUCUAUAUUGGCCUAAUAUUAUUCCAAGAAUUGAAUUAUAGUGAAGCCAGUGGAGAGAUCUGCAUCAACAGUGAUAACAUUCAGUCAGCAGAUUUUCUACUUAUUCUAAAGUGAUGAGAACAAAACCCUUUUUAAGUGACUUCAGCAAUAGAUCAACCUUUCAAUCCCACACUCAGGUCCUUUAAAUGAGCUUUAAGUUAGUUCAAUAUGUGCUAUAAACCUAAGCAGAUUGUGGUAAUUCCUGCCUGGUUGGUGACUAGAGUUCAAGGGCUGUGAUAAAUAUAGAGGGAAGGCCCAGUCAUCUACCCAACAACAGUGGAGCGCUCACUGCAGGGGUGAGUGGGACAGGAGAUGCCAAACAUCCGCACAACGGCAACAUAUCAACGGUCAAAAUAAAGUCCGAGUGAAAUGAAAAAAAGGCAGUUUGAGUUUACAUCCAUUUGUCAAAAAGCUACGAUUAAAACCCAGACCACCAAAAUUGGGCUCAUUGCAAUUAGUCAAGUAUAAAUCUUGUUACUGACACAGACGUGUAAGGACACAUGAUAGCUGCCUCUUCUUGCACUUUGAGCUUGUUGCUGCUUCUCAUACCUCCUCUCAAAGUAGUAGUUUCUCCCUCUCCUUUUCUCUGUAUCUGCCUGGGCCUGGCUUGUUGACUUUAGCCGGCCUAAGUGUUGUGCCGCUGCCAGGGAGGGGGGGUUGUUCUUGGCCUAGCAGGCACCAAUACGAGUAGAGGGAGGAAAAGAAGGGUAAGAGCGUGUGCACCGAAUGUGCAUGUGGGUGUGAGAGCGUGUUGUGUUUGUGCACGAGUUAAAAUGUACCAAAUACUCCUCUUGGAGACAUUAGCAAAUGCACGUAACACAUGAACACUCACAGUACCUGUACGACAAACACGUUUGUUAGUGUCUAGGCUUGUAAAAUUGACAGCUCACACUAGAAAUAGUGUCACUACACAAGAUUGAAUACCUCCAUUACCACAAAGUGUGUGCAUGUGCCUACACAUGCCCCACACUUGGGAAAAAAGGGGGGGUUAAAUGUUGAAUGUUGAAUGUUUAUCGUCCCAUCAUUAAAUUUACAGCCAUGCCAUAAAUGUACCACAGUUGGACUGAAAGGUUCUUGUAAACAUCCAGAUUUGGGGAGUUCAAAACCUCAAAACCCCAAAGCGCCCUCCCCCUUAAACACACGCACACAAACAGAUAUACCACACACACAGCCCACAUUUGUUGACAGCAAUCUCAGCUCUCCAAUCAAGUCUCUCUCUUGGUACUAAAUAAAGAUUUCCCCUAUUUAACUCGCUCCAAAAUAAAGCCUCUCAUAAGAGGAGAUGCGGACAGAUUUAGUGUUGUGUCAGUGCAGUCGCUCUUUAUGCUGUUUUCCUCUCGCACAGACAGGCGAAAACAUCAUCGAAAGGGUUCCGAAGCGUGUCAUUUUUAUCUGGUAUGUUAAACAGAGGGAGUGAUGAAGAGGAAUGGCGAGGCUGUUAUCUAUACCAGUUUUUUUUUUUAUGAUGGCAGUAUGUGGCAGCCAUAUGCUUUUCCUAACUGCCUCCAAACAGCGAUAUCUAAGACGGUCUGACUAAACGGUAGAUUAACAUCACCGCUGGCAGCGUGCUAAAGCGCUAAUCUGCAGCUGUGACACACAAAAAGCAGUCUCUAAAUCAUUUUUUUUUUGUUGUUUAUUAGCUCACACAUGCACACACAGAGGCGCGCAAAUACUUUCGCCAGAUGUAAUGAAACUGUGGUGGGGUAUCAUGGUUCUGCCGGGAAGCAGAGGAAGGAAAAAUCUCAAUGUCAGGAAAUCAGAGCGGUUUGGGGGUGGGGGUAAUAAUAAUGGGGUCUGGUGUGUGUUGGUAGUCUUUGGUGUGUUUGUAUUUGCAUGUGUCACAGAGAAAAAGAAAAAAAAAGGAUAUGGACAGUUGAUUUAGCUGGAAUCGGCUAAUAGGCUGAUGUUUGAGUUUCCUAAUCUACGCACACAUAAAAGCAGACAUGCAUGACUUUCAGUGGUUAAGUAUACCACUUAAGAGAAGGGCCGCUGAGACUUAACCAGGUCUCUAAACUUGCAUUUUGUCAAACUGGGAGAAGCAAAUCUUGACCUCUAGAAAACAAGUCACCCACAUCAGCAGAAAACAGCACAGAAAUGUUAUUAAGGAAGUGAAAGAGGCUCAUAAAUCAAAAUUGUGUCCCUGGUUGGCCCUGUUUAGCACUGAAAACAAGGCUAAUGACUGAAACAGGACACAGAUAAUCUCGUUAUCUCUUUAUUUCGUCCAGACUGUGUGUGCAUCUGUGUGUGUAUAUGCAUGUUUAUGCCUGUGUGUGUGUGUGCACAUAUAUUAUCCGCCUCUCCUCAGGGCUGUAGCUUCUGUUAAAACUCAGCUGUGGGUGUUAUUGUUGUACUUUAAUGUUACAUGUUUGCACAAAAACUUUCAAAAACAGUCACACACAAACUCAUAGCUACCUUAAAAAGUAAAUCAUAUUUUAGUGAGAAAAAUCGCUGUGGAGGAUUCGGAGAUUCCUUCAUAGCGAGUGCAUUCCUCUUAGAUCUGUUUGCUCCCCAUCCAACACAUUCUCAUCAGAGUGGGAGCUGACUGAGACAGCUUCUUCACCUCUUUCUGUUUCCUUCAAAUGCUUCAAGUUUUGCCACUUGAGUGUUUUGUUUAUAUGAGCACAAACACAAACUCUUUCAUAUGAAUUCACUUUUAUAUUUACUUUUGUACGUAUUUUUAGAAAAGGAGAGAAAAAGUUUCUGCGUUUGAGUUUGGGUGAGUGUACAGAGACUCAGUGUGGAUCUCUGCCAGAGCUCAGGGCUUGGCUGAGAGAAUGCCUCAAACCAGUUUACUCUGGUUGUGUAGUGAAAUCUGGGGGCGUGACAAGGACCUCUUAAAGCUGUAGACCAUGUGGAUCUGUGCCUCUCUGUCUGUCUCUCUCUCUCUCUCUCUCUCUCUCUGUCUCAGAUUGUUUUGACUUAGUACAUCUGUGUCAGUGUGCAAUAUGUGUUCAUGUAUCAACAUUUCUGAGUGCGUAUUAAAACAAAUACAUACAUAGUGCUGUAUUGUGUCGGCUUUAUGCAAAUUUAAAUCCAUGUAUGUGUUUGCAAGUGCGUGGGUAAGUCUCGGCCUCGCUUUAAAUGGUUUCCCCCCCACAUUUUUUUUUUUUAAGGAAAGCAAGAUCUGAGCUGAAAAGUGCAAAAGAAUAAAACAAAAUGUUUGUGUGCAGCUAAGGCAGGCUCUUUGGGGCUCACGGUGAAUGUGUUUGUGUUGUAUUGUAUGUGUAUUGUUUGUGUAGGUGCGUGCCGCUGCGUUCAAGUAGCAAAGUAGAUUUGAGCUGAAGGUGGACUGGAGUUUGCAGCAGGAAGGGGUGACAAGCAACACUUCCCCUCACUGAGGGUAGUUGCACAAGCUGUGCAAAAAAACGCACCACAAAGCCUUUGUCUCUGGAGGCUUUGUUACAUUUUCAUGUACACACACACACACACACACACACACACAUGCAAAUACUCAUAAUGUACUUACAUUCUGCCAUUUCAAGGCUGUAUAUUUACUCACUAUUACACCUCUUCUGCAGUGUGCAAUGACCCCAUGGAGGUGAUAACAAAAAAGUGGAAAGGACUGCAGUGCUGUGUGUACAUGCAUGUCCGAGUAUGUAUGUGGAGCCCCCGCUGCGUGUUAACAAGCUGCUCCUGCAACAAUGUAAUGCAGUGGUUUUCAACUGGUGGCUCCUGACUCAAAAGUGGGUCACGGACAUGUUCUGGAUGGGUCACGAACAGCUGGUCAAAAAAGUAAAUAUUUAAUGUGAUAUUUAUUAGAUAUUUGAUAUUUUUGUACAAGUUACUUCAGUGGUUGUCAGUAGUGCUUUGAAAUGCACUUUACUCAAUAAAACAAGUGGAUUUAUGUUAAAGAUUAGAAUCUUUAAAGGUUUUUCUUAUAUAAAAGUUAAAUUUGCUUGGUUUGAAUUCUAUAAAAGUGGGUCAAGACUUAAGGAUCAUGGGAAAAUGUGGGUCCCAGAGUGAGACCAGCUGAGAACCGCUGAUGUAAUGCAAGGUGUAAUGACUCAGUGGGUCACCAGUGUUACGCCUUUUCAGGUGCAGUAUAAAGGGGUAAUGAUGGCUGAUCUCCGCUGCAGUCUGUAAUCAGCUUUUAACACACAAGUUUCCUAAGAUUGAUAGUAUAUUGUUUUUAUUGUCAAAAGUUUAGGUGUUUUUUUUUUUUUUCAAAGCCAAACUUCCUGAAAAGAUAAUUCCAUCACAAUAAAAUCUGAACUUAAAAUUGAUCUAAGCUGUCAUAUCAACAUCAUUAUUCCUCUUUAUUUAUAUAUUCUAUUUAUAUGUCAUAUUUAUAUAAAUAACAUUUUUAAACUGCACUUAACUUGGGUUAAUGAAGCAUAGCGGUAGUUCAGGCAGGUCACAGAGUCAAGCUAAAGGCUACAGUCAGCUGAUCUUAAGCCAGCCCUCAGUCAGCUGACAGCUCAGGUGAUCACCCUCUACACAUCCUAUUGGCUAAUGUUAAAAUGGCGCCCUAUUUAAACUGCUUCCCCUGCCUACUCUGUCUGUUGCAACCACUCAACAACCCACCUCCACCCCAGCUCCCCCUGUUUAUGUUGUGUCUGAUCUUACCAGUGCCAUACGUAUUGUCAGUGAUGCUUGCUCUGUUCUGUGGGGGGAUUUUAAAUUAUUUAUCUUAAUCGUAUUUAUUUGCUGCUGCUUUCUCUGACUUGGUUUUUCAUGCAUGCACAUGAAAGGGAGGGGAGGAGCUCUCCCCUCUUAUAGCUGUGGUGUUCCACGCAAGCGCAUGGAAGGGCAGGGAACCCUCAGAACAGAGCCAUACCGCCAAUGUAAAAAUGUUUGCUUGUAAUAAAUAAUUAAUUUUGACUAAAAUGAUCCUGACUGAACGUUUUUUUAAACUACUAUUUUACUACUUUUUUUCCUCUAAUUUUUAAACAAUAAAUGUGCCAUGUCAUGGCUUAAAAAGAGAGAUGCUGCCAAAUGAAAUUUCAUUGUAUUCCUGUACAAUGGCAAUAAAGUUUCUUCUUCUUCUUCUUCUUCUUCUUCUUCUUCUUCUUCUUCUUCUUCUUCAGGCUGGUGUUAUAGGUAUUCUUUAAAUGACUCAAUCCUAUGUGGUAAAUCUAUGUCUGUGUGUUUUGUGGUAAAUCUGUGUUUGUGUGUUUUUUUUGUAGGAAGCCCUCAGGUCACGCUGAUAAAGAAGUGAUGGCUGCCACCGUCCUGACCUCACUGUCCACAUCCCCUUUGGUGCUCAACCCUUGCUCUGCGCCCACAGGUAACACCAAUACCCACAGAUCAACAGCACAAAGCUACCUGUAGUGGGAACAACUCCAAAUCUAGACUCAUAUCAUAACAAACAAAUCAAGGCCACACUUCUUCAUCAACAAAUAUCCUCAUUUAUUGAAAGAUCAGAGUCUGAAAGUAUUAUUAGCACUCUUCUGUUAUCUUUGUAUACACGAUUACUCAAGUCCUACCCUCAGUGCCAGCUGCUCAGCCUUGACCCCCUCACCAUCGCUCCAUUCGCCGCUCUAGCUGCCAUCUCCAUGCCAACACUGCCAGACGGUCAAAGUCCUACUCACUUUUUUUUUUUAUGCUCAGCUUUAAACCAAACUGUUUUCCUCUCAGUAAAGAUAACAAGUUUACAUCCCGUAUCACCCUAUUUGACACUGCUGUAACAUAAGGGCGCAGGAGAAAGCACUUUAUGGGAAUGCGCAUAUUUCUGCUGGAUUUAGAAGUGAUUCAAUCUCGUCUGAGGGUGCUGUGGGUUUUAGGAGGAGCUCAACUCAAUGGAGAGGGGAAACAGAGACGCUGUUUGAUAUCUUUGAUUUAUCGCAGCUUUGGUCGAAGCCUCGUUAAAAUGUCUGAGCAUGCUUGGAGUUUUGGCAAAUGCUGUAUUACAAAGCCCAAUGCCCUCCACACCUCAGCCCCAAACCUCUUAUUCUACUUACUUUAAGAUUAAAACCAUCAAUCACUGAGUAUAAUGUAAGUAGCUUUCCCACAAUGCAUCCUUGAUGGUGUUUUGUUUCUCUCUUUGAGGGGUGAAACAUAGUCCACCACAGAGCCAAAGUAAUCCUGACAAACUGAUCUACGCUACAUUUCAUUUAGACCAGGAUCACCCUUUGACAGAUCUAUAGGAGACAGUUAUUGGUUGGAAUAAACUAAUCCUCAUGAUGUUAGAUUUUGCUCUAUGUUGGGGUUUAAAUUUUCAUUUUUUAACCAUGAUUUGCUGCGCUGAAUGUCCAAUCAAGCUGGUGAGAUUAUCAAGUCAUGUAGGUUGAACUCUAUGAGAUCGGUCAAAAGGCCAGAGUGUUUAGAAAGGGUUUAAGAGGACUAGGACUUAAAGAAAUAAUAUAGAACCUUGUUCAGAAAAUUAAAGCCGUGUUUGGCUUAAUAUUAAGCCAUGAGUGUAACCAAAUGAAAGUGGUCAUAUGGUGAAGUGUAUGCCAUCUAUAAGAUAUUAAAGAUAUUAGAAAUAGUGAAUGUACCGAGUAGGCUGUCAUGUUUUAGAGCUACAGUUUCAUUUCUCUAACAGAGUGAGGAAUUAGGUCAGGACUGCUAAGCAUACAGCUCAACAUUAUGUUGUCAGUAUUGUUUUUGUUUCUUCUCCAGUCUUCUGUAAUAGUGCACAGCAUUAUUAUUUACUUGCUCAUACUAACCUGUCUUUGUAUGAAGCAAAUAGGGCUGGGUGAUAUGGGAAAAAGUUUAUCACAAUAUCACUCUAUGGAUAUAUCACAAUAUUAAAAAAAUCACUUGUCAAUCUUAAAUGUUCCCUGUUACUUUGAGAUGAAAUUUAACAUGUACUCGACAUAAGUUGCAGUGCACACUACUCUGAUUCAUCUCCGACCUCAAAAAACCCAAAAUACCUCCUCACCACAGACGUUUUCCUGCCAUUGUUGUGGACAAUGUCAUCAUCUGUUGAGCCUUCAUAUGAAUUUCUGCCGGGGGUAGCACUCAUUAUCUUUUUUUUCUCACCCACAGUGCUGUCAGCUUCACGUGUUAAAGUGCUAUGGUUGCGUGUAGCUGCAACCUGCUGCGACACAGUUGUUUUAAUUCAGCACAUGAUUGUUUCAGCGCGGCACUACCCAGAGCAACUCCCCUUUUCAUAGGCAUUCCAAAACAUAGCAGAAUGCUGGCUAUGAAAAAACAUAUUGACCAUGUUUUAUAUCAAUAGAGGGAAAUUAAGUUUUGAUAUAUAUCAUGAUCGUUUUAUCGCCCAGCCCUAGAACCAAAUACGCUUAGCAAUUUGGGAGGAAGACGCAAAGUCAGCAAAUUUUUUGACAGUACCCAUCAGUAAAAUUGCCAAAGCUACCAGUCUGCAGCUUCUAAAAACAACAUUUCUACCCUAUCUUUAUAGUGUGUGUUCUGGAAUUUUGCAGUCACAGAGCCAGCCAGCAGGGCCUGGAAGGAGGUGCUGUCGGCCAGCUACAGCAGCUCAACCAGCGGCAACUGGAGCUGGGACACCAGCGACCAGUCGGUGCCCUCCACGCCAUCCCCGCCUCUUUCCACCGAUGCCAACAAGAUCUUCCUGCUCUCGUCCCAGGGCGACGAAGUUAUUGAGGAUGUCACAGAGAGCACACACUUCAUGUUUGAGGACCCCAUACCCCGUAAACGAAAGGUGAAAAAAAAAAACCUGUUUUGGAUCUUAUCUAUUUCUUGUCUGCAGCUUUACUUCGAACUUUUGAAUUAGAAGCAUAUAUUUGACAUAACAUUGAUUGAGCUCCAUUGAUUUUUUUUAGUGUCUUCAGUCUGACCUAACAUGCUAUAAACAUGAAGCAAUCGACUCCUCUAAAUCUCUGGACACAGCUGUGUUUUUUUGUACUUUUCACAGCAGCCGCAGAUGCUGCCCACCCCGUUUUUAACUUAAACCAAAACCGAGUAAACAUUGAGCAAUCCUUCAUGGGCAUUCUUGUUGAAAAACAACUCUGGGCGCUUUUGUCAUAGCUGCGGGGAGAGACCUCUGAAAACCCACUCCGCUCAAUUGCAACACAGACGCACCAUGCAGUGAAAAUGCUCUGACAUAAGACCUGUCUGCUUCUGCUUGUGUGGGUGAUGGAUUAUGUUCUCUUUUAUCCCCCCCUCCCCUCCUUCUCAUAUAGAAACAGUACAUGAUGUUAAGUAUUUUCCUUGUAAAGGUUUUUUUUUUUUCCUCUUCCUCUUUCCAGUCUGUUCAGGGGGGAGAGGCAGGGAGAUUCAAUUAGAGCGAAGGAGAAGAGAGGGAUGAACAGUAGGAGGUAUCAAAAGGUUCAAAGGAUGCACAAAAUCAGGGCAGUCACACUCCGGGGUGCAGAGGAGAAAAGGGGAAUUUACACAAAACAGCAACAGCAGGAGAAAUGAAUCUCAAUAUUACCCUCAUCUUUACAGAGGAGACAGAGGAGAGCUCAUAUACUGUACAAUAUGUGGGAGUAAGCAAUUCAAUCUCUCUUGAGUGGGGCUGCAGUGUAGACUAUUGAGCUGCUAAAUAUAUAAAACCAUCAAGACUCCAAAGACCAUGCUGCCAGAGACCAAUGCCAUACCAUAGAUAAGCAGACAGGAAAUUAAGGAGGAUGAAACUGGGGGGGAAACGCACACAUGCAUUCACAUAAGUUCUGGAGAGGAGGGCGAAAACGUGAGCUCGCUUCGUGCCGAUAUUCAGUCGAAGGCAACCCCAUAUGUCUGAACCCUUGACGUGCACGGUUGCCCUUUGGAUCGGAGGCGGUUUGAUUUUGUGCAGGCAGUGGGUUAAGGAGAUUAUUAAACAUGGUAAUCGGCAGUCUCACUGUAACAGUCUUAAGAAGCAAGAAAAACCUCCAGGGGAUUAAGUGAUUUGUGAUUGUUUACGGGAUUAUUGACUAGCUUUGUUUGCUGUGUCAUUUUUUUAUUAGGAUGGUGAGAAACAGGGUUAAAGCCAGCAGCAGUUGAGCAAUUUAACAGCAUGUUGCUUUUGGAAGUCAAACAGAACUAGUAAUGCAAGGCAGAGUUACCAUGACCAUUGAUAAAAACCUGUUCUACUCUCCCUUCUUUGGCUCGGUCUCUCUCUCUCUCUCUGUCUGUUCCUGCUCUUCUGAGUACAGUCACAGUUAAAAGGUAAUGAGAGUACGCACCUACAGUCUCUUUCAUUGGUGGUGAUGCAGGUCUCUGCCUGCUCAUGGGACAGCUGCCAGACCCUGAUAUGCAAAAGAGAAAAUAUAAUAAAUCCUGGAACACCCACUUCUCCUAUCAGUCCAUCAACAUUCGGUUAUCAUAGGCUUAAUGUAGGAUCCUAGUUGAGUCGGAUCUGACAUAACACCCGUUUCAAAUGCUACCUUUGAGGUUCAAAAGUUAAAAGGAGGUCAGUGUGCUGACAUGUAUGUCUGUAUCAUUGUAUUUUUGUCAGAAGCCUCGAAUGUGUCAAACACUAGGGGCAGCCCCCUGGCUGCACCCUCACAUGAACCUAUUUCCUGUUUGAUAGAUUUUUGCUGCGGCUCACAGCGUGCACAAACAGCAGGAAACACAUACAGUGUGUUCUACUCAUCAAUCUUUCAGUGAAAAUGAAAGCCCUGUCAGGUGGACAGAUGCACCGGACAAUUUCAAACCUGCACUGAACCUGUCUGUCUCUCUUUUGCUUUUACCUGGUGUGUCUGAACAUGUCACAUAUCUGGUUUCUAUUUUUACAGGCUUAGUGCACUAAUAGCUUUCUAAUGAGGUGUAGUGUUUGGCCCCUUGUAGAGUGGUACUCUAUCCCCCAUGAAGGCCUUUCUCUAGGGCCAGACAGUGAAAUUCAACUUGGGGGUGUGUGAAAAUAAACCUUUAUUUCCCCAUGAAAUACCCCCCAGUAUGUCAAGUUUAUCACAACUGACAGGUUUUUUCUUUCUUGUUAGCAUUUCUUCAUCUUAAAUACAUUCUGAAAUGAAUUAAUCAAACUUAUCAAUAGGGGUGUCCCGAUACAACCUUUGUACGACUGAUAUGAUACCAGUAUUGUAGCCUUCAGUAUCGACCGAUACCGAUAUUUAUCAGAUAUUGGCAAAAACUUGUGCAUGACAAAUUUUGCACUCAGCUGCAAUGUCUUUCUCGGACUUUAACGAAAAAUACUGCCACACAGCCGACAUCACUCCUACUCCUUGCUACUUUGUUUGUACCUUUGUACCUUAGUACUGCUAGCUGGAGUGGAGUCUGGAAUAGACUGCAGGGCUUGACACUAACUUUUUUCACAAGGAGCACAUGUACUCCGAAGAACUUUAAGGGCACAAUGAAAAUUGAUCAAAUCAUUUUUGUCUUAUUGGUCGACAUCAGUACUAUUAUUUGAAAUCAAUUGAAGGUCUUAAGCUAUCAAAGGAAAACAGCCCUUUCUGAGAACAUCAACCGGUAAUUUAUUGAUGGUCCCUUAUUCAACACCUGACGUCUACAGCGAGUAGAAGAGAAGCGAGAAGUCACUGGUAAAUCCACAGUGAAUGUCCACCAAAUAUCCAACCUAAAACCAACUUCACUUUGGUUUUUACAUGAAAAAUAAUUUGUUGCCUCAGCUAUUUUUCUUAUGCGCACGUGUGCCCCUAAAUACAUUUUACAAUUCGCACACAUCUAUUUUUAGUCGCAAAUGCGAGUGAAAUGGUCGGACUGUCGAGCCCUGGACUGAUAUCAGAGAUUUUAGAUGCAGGCCGUGAUAAUCUGAUAUUUGUUUUUUGGCUGAUCCGAUAUCAUUAUUGUAUCAGCCCUACUUAUCAAUAGAUAAUACCAAAGAUCUGGUUUGUUAUCCUGCACUUUGUUUUGUCUUGUGACUCUUUCUCUGAGUCACGCUGCAUUAUCAUGACACUUUCAGAUCAACCAAAUCAGCUGUUGUGUGUUGUGUGUGUGACUCACGCUGCUUUUGUGGUGACUGUGUGUUUUUAGAACUCCAUGAAGGUGAUGUUCAAGUGCUUGUGGAAGAACUGUGAAAAGGUCCUCAGCACCUCCUCAGGGAUCCAGCGACACAUCCGCACUGUCCACCUGGGGUAAGUAAGAUCUUCUCAUCGCUCACUGAUGUAAAGAAAUAUUAGAGAAAUGAUGAAGAUUGAAAAGUUCUUCAUGGUCCUCAGAGAAUCCUCUCCCCGUGACAUGUUGCCUACUUGUUUAUUAUGCAUCUAGACUUCUCUUAGCUGAACCACUACAAACACCCACGCAAAUAUCCACAAGGCAAUAUGAUGAUCUCUAUGAGUCACACCGACGAACUUGAUUAUGACACUGACAUCGUUUAAAAGUUUGUUGCUACUUGUUUGUUGAUGUCGGUGAAAGAAGUGAGUGUGUAAAUGCUGGGAGUGAUACUGAUAACAUGUAUCUGUUUUCAUUGAACUGCAGGCUUUGUUUUACACUUAAGGAAGACUUUCACUGCGUGGGCGGCGCUUAAAUAAUCUUUAUCUGCAGCUUCGGGGUGGUAGUGUCAAACUUUGAUUCGGAGAUUAUGGUAACAGAAGAAAAGUGACACACAUCUGACUUUUACAGCCUGGAUCCUGUCCAGCUGUAUGCUUUUACAUCUUCCGUACAGAACAUGUGUUUUACCGCCUCCGUGCACAUGCGAAACUGCUUCUUGUCGAGAUAAAAAGAACCAAACAAUAAAUGCAUCUUGAAACUUUUUUGUUUCACGGUUUAAAAGAGGACUUAACAGCUGUUUAAAUCAAGGAAAAUUAAGCUUUAUUAAAAUACCUUACUGAUCUAUAAUCACCUCAUGAAACACAUGUUCUCUCUCUGGAUAAUACACAUAUUACUCAUGAAGCAGUUUAAACUUUGUGGUUAGAUUUGAAAGAGGUUGUAACCAUGACGAUUUAUUUGAACUAUUAACCAAAAAAAAAAGAGAGAGAGAGAGCUGCUGCAGCUUUCAUCUGCUUUAGUUUAACCUCAAACAGAUUUCAAGUAAAGAGGCAUCUCCUCCACCGUUGUUGACAUUUCACCAACAGUCUGUUCGUUACAGGCCCUCUGCAGCACACUGGCUUUCACUGCCCCCUGCUGCUGAGAAAAGUAACAACCUCAUGUGAUUUUUCAUGAACUGAUACACAAGUGUUGUCUAUUGAAAUACUAGAUUUAAAGUAUUUUUAUUCUUUAUAUAUGAGUUUCCCUUGUAUGGUUACAGAUCACAACAAAAAAUCAAGAAUUUUAAUUUGUGUGAAAAAAAAAAAGGUGCAGAAUUAAUUCAUCUGAGCCACAAAAUCACAUCUUGGAGAAGUUUUAUAUAUGGGGUGCAAAGCAUUUCUUAUCAACUUUGUUUACAGGUAUGAAAUGGGAGGAAAAUGGACAUAGAAAUGAUUUAUACAGAGUUUUUCUAAAUAAGCUUGAAUUAAAGUUGAAGAGAUCCAAUGCUGUUUUAUGAAAACUUAAAAAAUUAAACUGAUACCGUAUUUUUCGCACUAUAAGGCGCACCGGAUUAUAAAGCACAUUAAGCCAAACAAAACAGUCAGAUAAGUCAGACUUUAUUCAAGUUAUUCAAUAACUCCACAAGGCUUUAUUUUAUUUAUUUUUUGGUUUAUUUCACAGGGACAGUUCACCACUAAUCAACAGAGUUAAAAUAAAAACUAAGUGAGCCAGAGUUAGCCAGUAAGGCUAGUUUUCGUCCAUUAAAGGCAACCUAAAAACCAAAAAGGGGCAACAAUUAAAUAGGGAUGCACCGAUCUGAUAUUUGGGUCGGAUAUCUGCUCCGAUAUUGACAAAUUAACUGGAUCGGAUAUCUGAUUUAUGACGCCAAUCUAGCGUUGGUGUCGGAUAUUGGCUGAUUGGCUCAGCCCAGGUAUCCAUAUCGGAUUGGAUCGGAAAAAAAUUGAUAGGUGCAUCUCUACAAUUAAAUUCUUUAAAACACAACUAAACAUAACAAUCUACUUAAUAAAAGCUAAUUGUAACAAGUAAAACAGGUAGGAAGUCUGACAUAUGGCAUAGCAAAAGCUCAUGGAUAACACUAACAUGCAGACAUAACAUGAAGACAGCAAGAGAGAGUAAAAGAGGAUCAUACAGCCAGAAGCACACACAAGUAUUGUAGCAAACAGAGCUAAGAAAUAAGCACAAACAAUAUCAGAAAUUAAAUAUAUUAAACAGGAGGUUAAAUCAUCUCUGUGAAGGGAGAAGAAGUUGUUAUUAAGUGGUUGUGUUUCCAAUCCCACAGGCGAAACAGCGACUCAGACUACAGCGACGGCGAGGAGGACUUCUACUACUCAGAGAUCGAGGUCAACAUGGACAGCCUGACCGAGGGCCUGUCCAGCCUCACUCCCACCUCUCCUACCACGGCCGGUCCUCCACCUGUCUUCCCUCCGCCGCUCACCGAGCUCCCUCACUCUGAACACAUCAACAUGAUGAUGAACGGAUCACAGAGCCACGCCCCCUCACUGCUCAGCCAGUCAGCUCCCUCCACGCUCUGCCACAUCCGCACUGACCAUGCCUACCAGGUAACGAACGCUUCGCCGUAUCAUUUCUGAAAAUUCAUAUAUCUGCAACGCCAAAAAAACAAACAAGAAAACAAGAAUGUGUUUUCAAGGCACAAAGUUUUAGAUUUUUCGAUUACAUUGAAUCUGCAGAGGCAGUGUUUGAGAUCGGUGUGGGAAAAAAAGCUCUUAGGUCAUGCUGAAUUACUUAACUCCUACACUAGUGUGGGAGUUUAUAAGAGGGAGAGAAAGACAACCAAACUUUCCAGAAAGUUUUAGCAUAAGGUCACAGAGAGAAUUAAGUCUGAAUAUUUUACAGGCAAACAAGUUUGAGUCACAAGAUUUAAUCAUGCUUAAAUUCCUGCUCGUAACUUUUUUAAAUACUCUCUAGCAGCUCCAUGCAUACUUCUACUUCUUCUUCUACUUCUUUCCUCCAACUAUUCAAAUCCACGUGUUCCUCAUUUAUAUGCCCUUGAAGGUGAAAACCUGUUUUCUUACAUCAGAAGAACACAUUUGGUAAACAUAUAGUACAACUCUUCAAAAUAUUCAACUCAUUCAGAGUGAUUUGUUGUAUUGAGCUCAGUUGCCAUGACAACAUAAAUUCCUCAUAAAACGACCUUAAAGGAUGCAUACAAAAUGGAACUGCGAUACCUGCAGUCGAUUAUUUUCUUUGCUUGUAAUCUCUUAUUCGACACUGCUAACUUGAUCUUCUUUCUGUCCAUCUUUUUGUGCCAGUUUUGUGUUACAAGUGUCUUAAAAUCUUGAAUUUCUCUCGUUUUGUCUUUGUAAGACACAGUUUUGUUGGCAUAUCCUCCUUUUCUUCCACCAGAGUGUAGAAAACAGAUUUCUAACGUAGCAGCCUGCAGGUUUCUUCUCAAAACAUGAUUUUUCUUUUUGAAUUUUCUGAUCUCGCCUCUCAUUUUCUAUCUGCUCUUGCCCUCUCCCUCCUCCUCCUCCUCCUCCUCUUCUCUGUUGUGUCUUCUCCUGGCUUUGGCGGGCUGCAUGUCCAUGUUCCAGGCCACUGCUCCAGUGAGUAUCCCAGUGGGUCCUGAUUUGGCUGAGUUAGGCAGUGUUAAUGGGACCGGGCCUGGAAUUGGGACUGGAAAUGGCAUCAGUGUGUCGUGGCAGUCCCCUCCUGUCAUUUUCAAAGGCGCUCCGGUGAGUGAGGCUUUGUCUCACGGCCUUUUUGUCUUUUAAAUCCUACUUUUUUUAAAUCUUUCUGUUUCCACUUGUUGCUUUUUUUCCAGCCUGAUGUCACUCUGAUUUUUUUGUUUUUUACUCACCUGCUUCUUAAUACCAUCAUCUUUUUUUACACACAGAGUAGGGCUGGGCGAUAUGGCCUCAAAUCAAUAUCACAAUAUAUUGAGCAGUUCACCUUGAUAACGAUAAAUGGACGAUAACUACUCCACAGGCUGCUCACCCCCUCCCACAUUAACUCUGUCUACUUCAGCCGCCGCUCCAACCGCAACAACUUUUGAACCGUCCUCCAUCUCCUCACCUGUCUUUCCCUCUUUUUUACAGACUGGAUAGGGACAUGAAACCAUAGCCUACCUACACACAUCCAAAACCAACCAGUGUUGUUUCCGUCGACGAAAAUAUUUCGCCAACGCCCCUUUUUUUCCACGACGAUGACAUGACGUUGAUGAGCUAAACAUAAGUCUUAGAUGACUAAAAUGUGACGAGACGAGUAUGACGAGUGCGUUUAUGUUGACGAGACAAGACUAGAUGAAAACGUUAGUGGUGGACGACGAACAGAGUUGCAAAAUUCAUGAGCAUUUCGUCAAACGCUAAACAUAUAAUCUGCAAAAAUAUUUCGUCAACGUCAUCGUCAACGAAAACAACACUGAAACCAACUUUGCUUUAUUUGUUUUAAAGACUGAAUGUGUUGACAUGGGCAAAAUGACCUUGGUUAUUGUCAUAAAUUUCGGUAUUGGUAAAUCUUUGGUUUAUCGCCCAGCCCUAACUGAGAGCGUAUCACAUCUACUUAAGAUAAAACACCUAAAAUCAAAAAAUCAGGGCUGCACAACCCCUCUACACCAUUAAGUUGGUAGAAUAAAACAUGUAGUAUAAUGUUGAAAAGCUUCAACAACAACAUAAAAUGGUUUUAAAAAGAGAGGAAUCAUAAUAGCUAAUGGGACCUCUUGGCAAAAUCACUGUUUUAAAACAUGGGACACCAGGAAACAGUCUGAGGACCUUAGGGAUCUGGGGGUAACAUACUGUGAAAAAAAUACAGAUGUCUGCAGGCACAGAACUCUUUAAAAAUUUACACACUAAUAAAAGGAUCUUAAAAUCAAUAACACAACUCGCAGGCAACCACUGCAGGGACACAAAACACGUGUAAUAUGAGCUCUAUUGGUUGUAGGAAAAAAAAGGAGAAGAAUUUUAUAUAUUUUUUGAUCCGUGGUUCUGAUUUUUUGUAGACCUUAAAGUACUGCGUUAAGAAGACAGUGUUGUCAGUUAUAGGCGGAAGUGCUGACUGACGUCUAAACUUGAUUUUAGCAAGUGUAAUCAUAAGCAGCAGACCUGUAACCUUUUAAAAACGCCCUUAUGAGUGAUGAAAGAAAAAAGGACCCAAAUGCAGAACAAAAAAAAAAAAGACUUAUUUAAAAUAACUAAACGAAAGGCAACAAAAACUGAUUCCCCAAAUUGUCCAACCAAGGCACUGGGGGACAAAAAUCACAAGGCAUAUACACACCUUGACAAACACACAAUGAACCAACAAGAAACAGGGGAAGACAAGGACUAUAUAGACACACAAGGAAACGAGCAACGAGAGGCAGGUGAGACUAACGAGACACAGGUGCAGACAAUCACAGAGGAGGGAAAACUGAGGAAGUAAAUAAGAAGAGAAACACAGGGAAUUAAGUUCUACAAAAUAAAACAGGAAACACUGAAAAAUGAUUAAAAAGAAUAAAACGCUGAGAACAUGAGGGAAACAAAGUCAGACUCACAAUGAAGGAUCACAGGCGAACAGGAACACUAGGAAAAAUACACUUAGAUAAGAAAACCAGGGGAAAACUAAAACCGAAAACAUAUCAUGACACUUAUGGCUGUAUGUAUGACCUCUACAGCGGGUGUUUUGCCUGUGAUUUUCUGGUUUCUGUCUCAUCUGGUUGUAUUGCAGAAAACAUUACUCGUACCAACAUCUGGAGAAUGUGUAAGACGAGCAAGUAUGUUGUGUCUUUAGAAAUUACAUCAACACAAAGCUGGUUAAAGUAUAAGAGAGAAGUCAUUGAAGGGGUUGUUUAAGAAGUAAAAGCAAAUCGCUUUUUAUGUUGGUCAGACAAGUCUAGAAUUAAAGCUGUGUUCUUUGACUCAUCUGUCAGCUUUUAUUAUAAGGUUGAAACACACUGUAUGGCUAUAAAAUGUAAUAAUUAUGAUGUCUCGGCGUUUCGUAGGGCCCUGUGACUCAUGUACGGACAGUCAGCAUCGGUGAGAAGAGGCAGCCGGCCGCCAGCACACACACCACUGUCAACAAGAACCACGCGGUCACAACACAGGCUCCUAAAUCAGCACCAGGAACCAGGUAUGUGUAACAAAUGAGUCCAAUACUAUUGAUCUACUCGUGUUUAGAGAUUCAAUAUGUGGGUCUGAGUUUGAGAUUAAAAAAAAAAAAUGUUAAUUUAUCUUACUUAAUUUUUUCUCCACAUCACUGCUGCUUUGUUUGUAGCUUUCAUGAUGAAUUGAAUAUUACUCUGUGAAUCAAAUACAGGACAUGUCAAUUCUUAUAUUAAAGCAGCGACAUGCUUAUUUCAGAGUCACAUCACACACUCGAAAACCUCAGCCAGAACCCCUGAACUCUGAUCACAGCAUGUCUGAUAUUAGAUUGCAUUAAAAGACGACCAAGAGUCAAGUUAAACAACCAUUGCUCUUAAAGAUGAGUUGUCAUGAGGAAAUUCUUGUGUGUUCUUGUGACCCUGAUCCCGUUUCCACAUGCCCAUGAACACAUUUAUCCGCCUCUUUGCGUGGCUGCACAUAUAUGUGUGUUUUUAUGCCCAUGUGGGCGUCUGGAUGUCUGUGUGUGCAUGUCCUUAUGCUGUCACAUCUGCUGUUACCAAGGAAACCCCGUGGGGAGGCAAAGAAGUGCCGAAAGGUGUAUGGCAUGGAGAAAAGAGACAUGUGGUGCACAGCCUGUCGCUGGAAAAAAGCCUGUCAGAGAUUCACCGACUAAUCCUGUCCCCCUUUUCCGCCGUCUGCGAGAUGAGCUCUUCCCGACUUGGAGCGACAGCGAGGUGGACUCUUCCACCGAGGAGACGAGGGGAGAUUUCAUCACCAUGGAGCUCUCACUGCUGCUUCCUCUAAACCCAGCACGGGUUUUCGCCUUCUCUGUUUUUCCUUUUUUCCAAACACAAAGAAAGAAAAAAAAAUAAAACUGGUUGGUAAAAAAAGAAACAAAAAGAAAAUCAGCAAGAAAAAAAAGAACUUUUAUGCAGGUUAGGAGACUUUUUUUUUAAGACUGAAGAAAAGAAAAAAAAAAAGAAUUUGGAUACUGAUUUGAUUUUGUGUUUUUUUUUUCACUCGCCAUUUUUCACAGCCUCGAUUCAAGGCUUUGUCAAGAGACUCAAGAUAAGCUUUUUGUUAUACUCUGUUCAGUAUAGGAUCAUCUUGUAAUCUGCUGUUUAUGGGGUGGAUCAUGACUCUUUUUGGAAGUCUAAGGUGUAACACCAGAAUUGCUCAGUGAGACCUCUGUAGCAUAUCCAUUGUUUUGUUACAGUUUAAGGGACUUUCAGACCUACCAAAGGCACAACGCCUGUUUCCUUUCAACCAACAGUAUCAAUAUCAGCCUUCCUGGAUAUGAUCAGCAUGUCCAAGUCCAUACUGAAUCCCAUCAACUACCCGUUUAUAAAUCAAAUCCAACACAACCAGCUAUUCUUACACAGUUUUGAAAUAAAUGCACAAAACCUUCACACCAAGUGGUACAAAAAAGUUUCCCCCUUGACUUUAUCCAAAAUAUUUUGGAGAUGUAGGUGAUCGAUGAGAAAUACUUCCUGCUCCUCUUCUCUUCACUUACACCCUAAAUACACGCACCUUGAAGAUAAAAGUCGUCUUUUAGAGAAUCACUGUAAACUACAGCAUAUGUCUGAGAGAGAGGGGGGAUGUGUUUUUUUUUUUUCAAGACUUUAUUUUCAGCAGUGACAUGCUGAAGCAACUAGUAGUUGCACUGUGCAAUCGGCGAAAUUACAGCAUUUAACUUUGUCUUUCUCGCUUUGUGGUCGUCAUUGUUGUUAAGGUGAGUCAAUGCUCCAUUUUUUCCCCUUUUGAUAGCUGAUGUGCUUAAAGAGAUUGUUUACCCCAAUGAAUGAGACAGCCUUUUGAAACUUUAAUACACAUUUUGGCUAAUGCCGUUUCUCUAUUUUAGUGAACGAACCCAGAUUGUAACCCACCAAUCACUACCUGAUUUGAAGUCAGGCAUUUUUGAUUCAUCAUUUUUCAGCUUAAACAGGAGCGGUUAUUCGAUCUGAAAUACUUUUACAAACCAGCGAUACAAGAUCCACUUUUAUAGGACCCAAAAUGUCUUUUCUCUAGUUUUCAUUUUGAAUUUUAAAUUCAGUGGAAUAAUCAGACACUUGGAUCUAAAUUAAGUGAUGAAAAAUCAGACUAAAAAAAGUAAGUGUCUGAGAAAAGGUUCGACGUAUUUUACCAAAGUGUAGUUUAGAUUUUUAGAGCCCUGUUGUUCCAAAUGAUGGGUUAGCUUUCGAAACCUGUAGAUGGUAAAGUUUUAGAUGGUUAGAAAUAGUAUGUUUUGCUACAUUCCCUAUCUGUUUUUUUUAAAGAAAACCAUUUGUAGUAAAAUUGGCAAGAGUAAAAGCGAAGAACACACUGAAUUCUUCUUCAUUCUUCUUCAUGGUUUGAUCUCAAAAUUGAUUGAAUUAGAAUAUAAAACUCUGUGAAACAUUGAUUUAGAAUCUACUUAAUGGAAAACUUAUAAAAGAUUGCAGGACAAAACUACAUAUUCGUCGUCUCAAAAUAGAAAUGAUUGCUGACCCAGAGUUGUUCUGCACUUACUCCAAGUCUGCUCGGUUUAAGUUUUGAUCAAAAUACACCUGAUCUUUUACUUUCUGGGCUCUAAGCUACCUCCUGUUAACGCAAGAAUAGUCCAUUUAUAUCCCAGAAUUUUCAGCAAAAGAGCCUAAAUUUGUACAAGAAGCGAAUCCCAAACAUUGAUAUUUUUUUGAAAGGUAUGUUCCUCGGUCUGCUCUGGAGGGCGAGUCAUGACAGUAGAUGUAUAUUUCGGAUGAGUUUCACCCCUGUGCAGUUUGUUGUGGCUUUUUUGACGUAGGCUCUGCUGUGUGUCCUCUGCUCUCUUUAGCUCUCCUGACACUGAUCUGAAACAUGUGACCACACACACACAUACACAAACACACACACACACACACACACUGUGCCUUCUAUCUCCUAUAUAAGCAGACUGACUUAGUAACCGGGGUACAGUGCGCCCCUAGACCUCUGUCGCCAUAGAAACACCUGUGCUGUCCUUUGUCGCCACAGGGUCACUAAUGCUGUCUGUUGGCGGCUGAUAGGCAACCAGUUAUCACUUCUCCACACGCCUGAGUGUUAAUUGGUGGCUGAGAGUCAAUUGGCUUAAAAUGUUAAGCACAUAUACGCAGUGAAAAUAUCUCAUUCAGUUCUUGUUAAAAUAGACAACAUUUUAUUUUGAAAAUGAAUGAUCCUGCCUGUAAAUGGUUUAUCCCAGCAGCAUCCCAGAUAAGCUAGGUCUCUCUCUCUCUCUCUCUUUCUCUCUCUCUCUCGUGUCUGAGAGGCUUCUUCCGGUCAGAAACUUCACAAAGUGCCAAUGACAUGAACAUAAAAAGGAAAAGGUGUACUGACCUGAAAAAAAAUUUGCACUACGUUGCACUGCACAAAGAUGUGUUUUAUACAUGGACGUUUUAUAUACACAAAUUUUGAAGUGAGAGGAUAUUCUGUUAUUUCCGAGGGUAUCGUCACUGCCUGAUUGGAAAAAAAAUGGCGUUUCAGGGAUAUAAAGGUUUUGUACCUCUGGGGUCCCCCCCGUUGUUGGGAAGUGAUAUUGACAGCUAAAGUUCUCUGUUUCAGAUUGAUUGUACUCAUCAUUGUGGUGCUGGCUGUUUCAGAGGUGUGGUACUGAGAAGUACGGCGUGGUACUAAGGUAGUUGGUCACAGCACCUGCUUUUCAUCAGUGAUUGGAAAACACCCGUCUCUGUGGCGCUGACUGUAUCUAAAGAUGGAAGACACGACUCCACGAUGCAAAAGCGAUGCCCAAAUCUUGCAAAAUGAUCUGUUACAUGAUGAAGAUAACAGCUGUGAUGUUUCAGCAAAACCAAAACACCCAUUUGACACCCAUUAGCUAACAGGUUAGCUCGGAUUAAAGUCAUCAGAGCUGUCAAUCAUAGCAUUACAAAACACGAUAAUUGACGUUACAAUUGAGUAAAAUUCCUUUAACGCAUUUUUUUCGACUGAAGGAGGGUGAUUUUAUGAUCUACUGCAGCCAUUCAAUAAGGAGGAUCUAAUGUUUUGGCUUCAAUUUGUGGGAGCUGUCGUACCGUCCAUCUUUCCAUACAGUCUCAGGCUGCACAUCAUUGACUUGGUAAUCAAUGCUUUUACACUGUUUUUAUCUGGAUUUUCACAAUACUCACACACUUUUUACCCAUAAUCUCUUCUUUGUGCUUCCUCCACUCACAUAAAAACAGGUUCCUGCUUGUUAACAUUUUACUGAGCUGAUGUAGUAACUGUGUAGAUACUUUGUUUUUUUUGUAAUAGUGCUGGAUACCACUUUGCAUUCUGUUUAAUCUCUGGUUUUGGUUGUUGAUUAAGCGUCACAUGCAGCCCGUCAGAUCUCUCUCCAUCCUCAGUGUAAGCACUUUUAGAUUCCACCGGCAGGGUCAGAGGCUGAACCUGAUUGUUAGCGUUAAAAGCCGACAGGUUCCCGCUUUUCCACCGUUUCUUAAGUUGCACUAAAACUGACCCGUGACUAUCAGAGCCCGAGUUGUGUCAUCAGAAGUUUGACUCAGAAGUGCAGCAGUGAUGGGGGACGUUACGGCCAGGAAGACCAGAUUUAAGAUAAGACAUCUUAAAAGAGGAAUUUCUAAGACUGGAUCAACUUUGUUUUUCAAAAUGAGGGGUAGAGAUGGAAGCUGAGUUGAUGGCCAAGCAGGGAAAUCAGUGGAAACACACGACACGCAGUGACGAUGUAGAUGGAUUUGCCGUUUCAGGGCUUUCUUGUACAUAUGCAACAUAAAGAGAACCGUGAGGCUUUUUUGUUUUUUUCAUAUAUUGUUUUUCUUUGUCGUUGUAUCUUGUUAUAUGAUUUUUUUUACAUUAUAUAGUUGCUCAGAAUAUUUUCUUUCUUUAAAAAAAAAAAAAAAUCCAUUGAGAAGCUAUAGUGAACAUAACACGUAAAAAUUCAAUGUAUAUUGUAGCUUAGAGGCAAAGGGGAGAAAAAACAAAAAACCCGAUGAAUGUAAAACCCACAGAAAGAAACAUUUUUGUUGUUGUUGCUUUUUGCUGGCUAGUUUGUACUGCCUGUAGUGAACCGGUAAUGAUUUUGGUAUCCAAAACUUUUUUUUUUUUAACACCCACAGACAGCUGUCGCCACACUGCUAAGUCAUAUCAAAUAACACAACCAUGCAGUAUUGCUUUACUAUCUUAUACUCUGUGCAAUGAGAUGCUUUAUAAUGGAACAAGAACUAACUUGAGCUUUUGGUGACAUCCAGGCUUCUCGCUCACACUCUUUAAUGUUUGUCCUUCUCCCUGCCAAAUAGUCCGAUUUUAUUUUUUUGUUUUUGUUUUUCUGAACAUGUGUGGUUGUUGUUUGUGGUUGUGAGGUUUAGUUGUUGUUAGGCAGGAUAACCUUCGACCUCUUUCGGUCAUGAUGAAAUAUAAACCUUGUGGGAAUCUUUAUCCUGCCCUGCACAUUCCAACAGACAGCACGCUUUUUUUAGUGUCUUCCCUUCGUUUCCUUCGCUGAUCACUUUGUUCCUUUUUCCUCUUUCUCGUGCCCUUCAGCUUUACUGUGGUCCCACCCAAGCCUUUACCCAGUAUAUUAAGCUAAACUAAACCCUUGAAAUGUGCAUAAAAAAAAGCCUUCAUAUAUAUAUUUUUUCCACAUAUGUCAAAAAAAAAAAAGUGUAUGUGCUGCUUUCUUGAAUGUCAGUUUUCAUUUGUGUGUAAACCAGCAGCAGCAAAGCCAAUAGAUCUCCUUCCAAAUCAAAUGUAAUGUAAUGCAUUGAAAUGGCAGCUCCACUCAGUCCUCUGCUUCUUCUUCUUCUCUUCCUUUUCUUCUCUGCUUUUAUUGUUUGUCCAGCUUUUACCCUCUGUCAGUCACAUCUCUUUUUUUUUCUUUUAAUGACCUUUUUUUCCUCCUUGUUUUGUUUUUACUGAGCCUUACAUUGGCUGGUGUGAAAACUGACUUUUGCUUGUUUUUUCUUAUUGAUUGAUUGUCUGGUUGAGUUUGAGGUUGUUUUGCAUGUCCAGCAUCGCUGAUUUUUUCCCCCCAUGUUUCUUUUUUUUGUAAUAGGAGAUAAAACACUGAAGGGUUUAAUGUGUUCGAUUUCCCCUUUCAGAAUCUUGAUAACCCAAGGCUGAUACUUGUUGUCCUUUAAAAAAAAAGUUAAAGAAAACGCUCGUCACAACCCCGACACACACACACACCCACAAAGCGUAAUGCGUUUUGAAGAAAAACAUGACAUCAGCCUUGGGUCUUCACUGGAGGGCAAGAUUUCUCCUGUGUGUGGGCUCUGCCUCUGCUCUUCAUCAGCGGUCCCACGCACACGGAGAAAGCACUUUGUGAGGAGUGGUGCACUCAAGGAGUAUUUGUGUGAAUGUCAAGCCUAUAACUAGUGCUUGGAAAAAGAUGGAUGACCAUGUAUGAUGCUGAUAAUGUGAUCUAUGUGAUGUAAUGUGAUGGAAAGAAAAUAAACCUGAAUGGAAGAAGAAGACAGC